AUGUAAUUUUUUGUGUAUUUUCCAACUACCCUACAGGAUUUGGAGGAGUUUGUGGAUGACUCAGGAGAUGACGGCUUUGUUAUCUUCACUCUGGGUUCAAUGGUGUCUGACAUGCCUGCGGAGAAAGCUAAAGAGUUCUUUGAUGCCUUUGGACAAAUUCCUCAAAGGGUUGUGUGGAGAUACACUGGAGUCCCACCUGUAGAUGUACCCAAGAAUGUCAAACUUAUGAAAUGGUUACCUCAGAAUGACCUCCUUGCCCAUCCCAAAGCUAAAGUCUUCAUCACUCAUGGAGGAAUCCACGGCGUCUAUGAGGGUAUCUGUAAUGCUGUACCCAUGUUGAUGUUCCCACUGUUUGGGGACCAGGGGGACAAUGUACACCGCAUGGUAGCCCGCGGUGUUGCAGAAAAACUCGAUAUGUAUGAUGUGACGGCUGAAAAAGUGGUGACUGCUCUGAAUAAAAUCAUCCGUGACAAAAGGUAAGACAAUACAUGGAUAUCAUUUAGAGAACAGUCACAAAGAUGGCCUGUAGAGUUUUCGUGCAAAU